UUUUACUUCAAUCAUUCGACGAGCUAUCACAGCUGUAAACUCACCUGAACUUUAGCCUGACCAACCAGCCAACAAAGAGAAUCUACACUAAAACAUCAUGAAGAACUUUGUCAGCAUCUUGGCUCUCUUCUUAGCAGCCAGCGUUAUUCCAACUAGCACUACUCAAACGAAAUGGGACAAUUUAAGAGUGAAGUGGUCAAUGCGGCCCACUAACGAGACUUUUGUGGUGCUGCCGAGGAGAUCCCGUGAGGCAGAGAAAGAGGGCUGGACGAAGGUCAGCGAAUGCACGAGCUCCACACAAUGGAGAGGACAAAGAUACGUGCUCAACAACGACUAUGCUGUUGUACUCUUGUAUGACGUCAAUGGGUUCAUUGCUGGUAUCCAGUCAACGGUUCCUAAGGGUGGUAGCUAUCCUCCCACUACCCUCAGGCCACCAUUUGUUAGGGACGGCAAUCGCUGGGCGAUAACAGCCUACUUCGUCGACCCUGGUUACAAUCAUCUGUACAACAGGCCGCACCCAACAGGGAACCAACAGGGAACGGGCACUAACUUGUACUUCCAGAACAGUACCAACCCGUUUAGCAGCGUUAUGAUACCACGAACAGAGGCUGGCAUUGAAAGAACUAGUUGGAUAAAAGGAAAAUGCUUCUGGCUAAUGGGGCUCCACUAUUGGCACAACAUGGGAUUGAACUCUAACUGUGACAAGGCUUUCCCGGCUUUUGUGCUCUAUACUGAUCAUAAACUCAGAGCCUUUGGUUGGGCAUUCCUCGCUAACAUGACUUCUCCAAGAUUCGAGCCUGUGCCACCGACUUCUUAUAAGUAUUUCAUCGAUCCAGUCCCUACAUGCAUGAAUACUAGAGUCAUGUCUUCCAUGCACAUUUUCCUAACCACGGAAAAUGAUAUGACAUGCGGUCCUCCUCAACAAGGAAAGUAG